UCAAAACACAAGUGGGACACUUUCUUCCAAGCGAUUAUAUAAGCUGGAGGAGGGCGAAAAAUAUGAGUUCAGCAUUAAGAUAAGAGAAAGAGAAUGAUGGCGAUUCAACUGAACCGCACAUACACAACGAAUCACCACUACCACUACCACUACCACUACCAGCAAUCCAAGCCUCAUAGCCUCUUCUCCACAACAAAACGACAAACCCCCAACCUCCAAGUGAGAGCAGCCUCCGAAGCCACCAACGGGCGGCAGCUAAUACUUUCCGGCGCUGUCAAGCCGAUACCGCCCAAGGACGCUGCCAUUGCUAUCACAUCGGAAGGGUUCACGCUCCUGGACGUAAGGCCAGAAUGGGAGAGAGAAAAGGCCCGAGUUCCCGGGUCGGUUCACGCCCCGCUCUUUGUUAAAGACCAGGACACCAGCCCUGUAACUCUGCUCAAGAAAUGGGUUCAUUUUGGGUACAUCGGUCUGUGGACGGGCCAGAACUUCACGACCCUGAACCCGGAUUUCCUCCUGCAAGUCGAGGCUUUAGUUCCCGAUAAGAACUCCAAGCUGCUUGUAGCUUGCGGCGAAGGGCUAAGGUCAGUCAUGGCAGCAUCGAAGCUUCACCAAGCAGGGUACAGGAACCUGGGAUGGCUGGCCGGAGGAUUCAACAGAUCUGUCGAUGGGGACUUUCCUGCCAUUGAAGGGACUGAAAAGCUAGAGUAUGCCACAAUUGGUGGUGUUUCGUAUUACUUCCUUCAAUUGCUCAUACUUUUGCAAGCUGUAGGCAAGAGCAAUUGACUUCCUUGUAAAAUCUGGAUUUCUUGUAUUUGAUUCAAUUUUGUACUCAUCCGUUCCAAGUGAAAAUGAAAACACAAUGAUGUGGAAGGCACAUUCCCUUCAAUGAAAUUGCAAGAAAAGAAGCAAAGGCAGUGUAUGGACGAAGCUAAAGCAACUAGCUUCAAUGGAGGAUGAAUCCCAACUGAUUUUAUAUCACAUUUCAUUCGGUUUCUGCAAGAACAGACAGCAACAGUAAUCUAGAAAGACAUCAGUCACCGAAUUUCAGAUAAACCCACAAGCUUUUCCCCUACAAAUGAAGUUGAGAGAAACGACUAUAGAGGCGACUAACAAAUUUUCCAUGUAAACGAAUCACAAAACCAAUAAGCCUCCUUCAUCCCCUGUGCCUUCUUUCUUCUCAUUCAGACCUGCUCGCAAACCUCUCCACCUUGCUAUCAUUCAGAUUGAUCCCAACCAUGGCUUCCCCAAGCCCACAACUGAUCUCAGCCAGGACAUUCGGGUCGCUGUAAUUGGUCACCGCCUGAACAAUUGCACGGGCCCUUUUGGCCGGAUCCCCACUCUUGAAAACCCCGGAGCCGACGAAGACGCCGUCGCAGCCCAGCUGCAUCAUCAGCGCGGCAUCGGCGGGAGUGGCGACCCCGCCGGCUGCGAAGUGGACGACGGGGAGCCUCCCCAAUUGCUUGGUCUGCAUGACCAAAUCGUAAGGGGCGGCGAUCUUCUUGGCGAAGGUGAAGACCUCGUCGUCGUCCAUGUUCCUGAGAACCCUAAUGUCGCCCAUGACGGACCUGACGUGGCGGACGGCCUCGAUGACGUUGCCGGUGCCGGCCUCGCCCUUGGUGCGGAUCAUGGCGGCGCCCUCGCGGAUCCUGCGGAGGGCCUCGCCGAGGUUGCGGCAGCCGCAGACGAAGGGGAUGCGGAAGUUGUGCUUGUUGAUGUGGUUGUCGUCGUCGGCGAGGGUGAGGACCUCGCUCUCGUCGACGUAAUCGACGCCGAUGGCCUCGAGGAUUUGGGCCUCGACGAAGUGGCCGAUGCGGGCCUUGGCCAUGACGGGGAUGGUGACGGCCUGCUUGAUCUCCUUGAUGAGCUGGGGGUCGCUCAUCCUGGCGACGCCGCCCUGGGCCCUGAUGUCGGCCGGGACGCGCUCCAGGGCCAUGACGGCGCACGCGCCGGCCUCCUCGGCGAUGCGCGCCUGCUCGGCGUUGACGACGUCCAUGAUGACGCCGCCGCGGAGCAUCUGGGCGAGGCCGACCUUGACGGAGAAGGUGGAUGUCUUGGUGGUCUCGGUCAGGGCGCCGUUUCCGUACACCGCCACAACGCCGGUUCCUUCCAUCGUGUGGUUUUUGGGUUUGGUUAGAAGAAGAGAAGGGGGAUAGGCGGCGGGGAAGGAAGGUGAGGAUGGCAGGG